UCAAAGUUUAGAAUUAGUUAUACGCGGUCGUUUUGAUGUUGUUCUUCUUUUUCGACUGUAGUGAGAGAGAGUAAACAUAUUCUUCUUCAUCGUCUACUGAAAAGAAAAGAAAAGAAAAAAAGGCAGAAAAACCCUUUUUCUUGUACUAGUCUCCCAUGGAGUCGUACACUCCGUUGCUGGAGAAAAUCCGGGUACCCCAACCGUCGCUCCAGAAGUACGCCGUAAUUUCAAUAUUCGCGAAGCUACGCUCCGCCCCGAAGCACCUGGACUCCGAGUCCGAACCCGGAAGAGAAGCCAUUUCUCAGUGCCUCCACUCCAACUCCUCAGCCGUCAUCGACCAGUCAGUUCGCGAGCUAUGCCGCCUGGUCAUGGACUCCCAAAUGGACGUCUCUCGCGGGUUGCUGGAGCUCCAGUCUGCUCUCGAAGGGACCGACUCGAGAUUUGUGGACCUUUUCGUCAAAAGCUUGGGAUUCCUUGUGAGGUUUGGGUUUCAGAAGAACUAUGUCAAGUGGCAUUCAAGUUUGACGGAAGGUCACCCCUUUUUCAAGGUUCUGUCGUGCCGAUCAGAGGUUCAGUCUGAACUUGUGCAGCAAGUUUUACUGUUGAUGGCAAGUCACAAGCAAUUGGGGAUGGUGGAAAUUUGUGAAUUCUUAAAACCAUUUCUGAACUAUUCUAUUCUAAGGAUACCCUUUAUGGAUACAGCAUCAUCAUCUAUGUUUGCAAGGCAUUUGAUAUCGUCUAUGACAUCAUUUUGUUGCUUAUAUCCUCCCGAGUCAAUGCCUGUCUUUAAGUUGUUAACAGAGGCUCUUAAAUAUGCUCCCUGCAAGAAUUCAGAGGAAUCUAGGAAUUUUAUAUAUUUUGUGGAAUGUAUGGUGGAUGCAUUUGUGGUGGUCUUGAGGCGUUGGGCAGAAAUGGGAUUGCUGAUUUCUGAGGCUCAAUUUUGCGGUCUUGACCUGUUAGAGGCAAUUCUGUCAAUAUGUUUACUUCAUCAAAGGCAUUUUGGUUGGAUUGAGCCCAUAGCUGAACUCUCCGGGCGCAUGUUAUUUGCUCAAAAAGAUUUAGGAUUGCAAUAUGUACAUAAACUAUCUUCAGUAGUGCUAUCCUUAUUUGUUAUACUCUCUCAAUUGGAGCUUGAGCAUGAACAGCUGUCUGUAUUGAAACUUCUCCACUUCCUCCUUAAGUGGAAAUAUGGAAAUGAAUAUAUUGUUGGCAGGACAGCACAUGCUCUGCAUGAAGAGCUUUUAUUGACAUUUCCUGUCAUCAGCCUUUUGUCUUCUACUUCUAAAUCUGUCAGAGGAGCAGCAGCCGAUCUUCUGAUCAUCUUAGAGAAGCUUUUGCUAGAACUUUUUGUUGCACCAAGAAAUAAAACAACAAAAGAAGCUGGGUUUCCAUCUCUAAGCUCACCUGGAUCUAUCAUCUUUAGACUUAUGCAACAUCAGUGGUUUCAGGAUCAGCAUUCAUUGUCUGGGUUCUUUCUAUGUCUUUCUUUUGAUGGCAAAGAAAUGCACAAUAUGCCUGGCUCAUGGGCUUCUCAAUUAAGAGAAUACUCUUUAUCGAUUAUUGAUAAACAGAAGUCCUUGUUAUCACUUUCUGUACCGCAGGAUACAUUUGCUUCUGAUAUUCCCUCGUUACUCUGUGCCAUUGCUGGUGUUUUGCUGAUGCAUAAGUCACUGGGGUGUGAAGCUGUAGAUUCUUUGGCUGCUAUAGCCAUCGUGGAUCCUAAGUUGGGAGCUCACUUGUUGCUAGUGAUCCUAUUUUUCAGUAACAUAUUCACAAGGAAAGACGUAAUUAGCCAUACCAUGUUGUUUCUUAAUUCAACUGUUCUACAGCUGAAACUUCUAGGAAUGCUUCCAGCACUUGCUUCACAUUCCAUGAUGAUACCACUGAUAGUUCAGACUAUUAUGCCAAUGCUUCAGAAGGAUGCCAAACCAACCUUACAUGCAACGGCCAUUCGUCUGCUUUGUCAAACCUGGGAAAUAAAUGAUCGUGCCUUUGGGAGUUUGCAAGGAGUAUUGCUUCCCAAAGGUUUCACUGAAUUCAAGUCUGAGAGAAAUAUAUGUAUUAGUAUGGCUGCUUCUGUUCGGGAUGUUUGCAGAAAAAAUGCUGAUAGGGGUGUGGACCUUAUCUUGUCUGUUUCAGCAUGCAUUGAGAGCCGAGAUCCUCUUAUUCAAGCUCUUGGUUUUCAAAGCCUUGCCUGCCUUUGUGAAGCUGAUGUAAUAGACUUUUAUACAGCCUGGGAUGUGAUUGCAAAGCAUUUGCUAGACUACCACGCAUAUUCGAAUCUUGCACAUAGCAUUUGCCUUCUUCUAAGAUGGGGUGCAAUGGAUGCUGAAGCAUAUCCAGAAGCUUCUAAGAAUGUUUUGCAAAUGUUGUGGGGUAUCUGCACCUCUACUCGUGCUGGUAACAAGUUAGAAUGGGCAAAGGCAAGGAUAUCUGCCUUAGAGGCUUUAGCACAAUAUGAGGUCUCACAUAUUGAACAAAGAAUUCCAGACUUCAAGAAGAAGUACACGGAAUUGCUAGUUUCAGAAAAAGAUCUCCUCAUAGUUAGGGCCAUGGAAGAACUUCAAGUCAAGAUCAUAACAUUUGAGCACAUUACAAGGCGAAGACUGGUGAAGGAAAAAAGAGUUGCAGGAAGUAAGAUUGAGAAGUUACUUGAUGUAUUUCCUCAGGUGAUCUUUUCUUCAGAGAAAAGAGGUAAUGCUACAGAAUUACCUGGUGCUGCUCUAUUAUGCCUUUCCUUUACUCCUAAGGAUGUGAAUACCCAAGGGACAUCAAAGGAAUUACGGGAUGUACAUGCUGGAUAUGAAAAGGCACUUGUGGAAUUAGCUGCAUCCCUUCAGCUCUCAAGAAAUGUUUUUCUGGCACUUAUUUCACUGCAAUCAUGGAAAUCCUUCUUGCGGCGUUGGCUGAGGGCUGAUAUUAUGUGCUUGGAUGCUAAAGCACCAUCAGUCAUCUUGGAUAAAACCACCAAAGCUGCCAAUGAUAUUCUGAAGAGUAUGAUACGAAUAGCAAAGGAUGCAAUCCCUAGAUCUGCUGAGAACAUUGCACUAGCCAUUGGUGCACUUUGUGCAGUCUUGCCUUCAUCUGUCCAUACUGUUAAAUCAACUUCUUCGAAGUUUCUCUUGAGUUGGUUGUUCCAGCAUGAACAUGAGCACCGUCAAUGGUCAGCUGCCAUCUCUCUUGGAUUGAUAUCAAGUUGCUUACAUGUAACUGAUCAUAAGCAGAAAUUUCAGAAUAUCACCGGACUUCUUGAGGUUUUAAGUAAUGGCAAAAGCACCCUUGUCAAAGGAGCCUGUGCAGUUGGCUUGGGCUUUUCAUGUCAAGAUCUUCUUACUAGGGUUGAUGUAGCUGAUAACCCUGCCAUGGAGACAGAAACAGGCAAGAUGUCAGAAGCAGAUUUAGUGGGAAAGAUAAUAAGGGCCUUCUUGCUAAUAAUAUGUCAGCUAACUCAAUCUUCAUCUGAUAUUGUGGAAAACCUUUCUGCAUAUUUCCCAUCGAGCACAUAUGAUACAGAUUUGAAGAUGGCUACUGAACUGUCACGUGAAAGACUUGAUGACUUGGAGGAAGAUAUCUGGGGUGUUGCUGGAAUCGUAAUUGGUUUGGCAAGUUCAAUCGGUGCAAUUUACAGAGCUGGGGCAAAUGAUGCUGUGCUGAAGAUAAAAGGCUUAAUUAUGUCAUGGGUUCCACAUGUAAAUUCACUGGUUCAAUGCUCUGGUUCUUGCUUGGAGGGAUCUCAGAUGCUUUUAUCAGUAGGGUCUUGUCUUGCACUUCCUGUUUUAGUUGCUUUCUGCCAGAAGGUAGAACUAAUGGAGGUUAAUGAAGUAGACCAUCUACUGAAUGGUUACAGAAUGGUCAUUUCAGAGUUGGUAUCUGUAAAAAAAUCGGGUAUUUUCCAUCAGAGCUUGUUGAUGGCAUCUUGCAUAGGAGCAGGAAACCUCCUUGCCUGUGUACUCAAUGAUGGGGUGCACUCUAUUGAAGUGGAAUCUGUAAAAGUUAUGCUGGAAUUGUUUAGAAACUGUUAUUGUAAUCCUUACCCUCCUUUGAUCCAUUUGGGUGGGAUGCUUGGAGUUGUUAAUGCUAUGGGAGUGGAUGCUGGGGGCUUGGUUCACAUGCAUGCUCCAACUACAAUACCGCAUAGUAGUUAUGAACAGAAGGAAAGUCACUAUCUCAAUGGUCCACUACUUUCAAGUCCUGUUUGUGAGCCGCAAUUGACAUCAUUAAUGCAGGAGAUAUUUCUCGUUGCACAGAACUCUGAUGACCAUCAACUGCAACAUAAUGCAGCAUGGGCAGUUUCUUUUCUUCGAAAUCAUUUAUUUUCCAAGGAAGUUCCGAAAAAGGAUCUUACCAAUGAGACUGACAUGGCUGGUUCAAGAUCUGUUUCUCAAAGUAUUUCUGAGAACAGUGUAGUUAUGAAACUUUCUUCGUGGCUAAUGCAUCUCAAUAUCUCUGAGACAGGUAGCAUUUCUCGUAUUGGCACAGUAGCAGUGGUGUUAAGGUGCCUUUCACAAGCUCCUAGGUUGCCAGCCUUGGAUUGGGGAGCAGUCAUCAGGCGCUGCAUGAGAUAUGAGUCUCAGGUUGCUGAGCAGGACUUGGCUUUCAAAACAGGAGCGCUUAGGGAAGAAUGUUUGAAGUUCUCUUUAGCUCAUGCAAGCCAAUUUGAUCCACUUCUAAGUUUCCUUGAUGAGCUGUCUGAUCUCUCCAGGUUCAGAAUGCUUGAGCCGAAUCUGCAAUCUUGUUUGUUCGUUCAUCUCGCAGAAGUAAUAAAAGUGUUCUCAGCUUCCAGGCUAGAGAAGUUAUUCAAUGAUGUGACUGUCUUCUUGUCUUCAGUUUCUUUCAAUCAAGUUCAUGAUGAUCAGAAGACCAUGUUACGGAAUUCAUGCUGGAAGGGUAUUUGUAUGUGUUUAGAUGAAGCAUCACUUGACUCUCUAGAGUACAUAUCCCAUAUUGAGAAGUGUAUGGAGGUGCUCUUUUCCUUUUUGCCUGCACUGCAAUCUGCUGAUGGCAAAGGAGUAGAUCAGAGGAAUUUCGUGGAGUGGUCUGAGGCAGUUAGAUGCUUAGGGAAGUCACGAAGAAGUUGGUUAUCGAAUUUUCUACAGGUCUCAAAGGAAGACCUACUACAAAAAGGUGACCAGUUGAUUGAAGUCCUGAAGAAGAUUCAAGCCAAAGCUAAGCUAGUUAGGAACGGUUCCUUCCCGUUGACAGAGUUGGGAAGACUAAAAUCUCAUUUAUUGAACUCUAGAUCACAUGGUAUAUGGGGUGUGCUCACUGAAGUUGUAGCAGCUUUGCAACAUGCAGAGGUUGCUGUCAGAAGACAGUGGCUCAUUGAUGCAGUAGAAAUUAGUUGUGUGUCAACUUAUCCUUCCACGGCACUAAAGUUUCUUGGUCUGCUAUCCGGAAGCUUCUGCAAAUAUAUGCCAUUUCUGAUUCUUGACGAACAUGCUGUGCUGAGUGAUUUACCAGUCACCCUUAGUUCUCUCCUAUCAGAUUCCAACUGGGGAGUAAUUGCGGAAUCUGUUGUUUCUUUCUUCUUGGUUUCCACAGAACGCAUUCACAAUUGGGUAAGACACGUAAGCUGGUGUGUGGAUGUGCCUCUCAUGCAACCUAUUGAUGAGAGUGAGAAGGAUAUGGCAGUAUUUCUAUUGCACGUUAUGCAUCGAACCUGUGUUUCUUUGAAAGACUAUUUGCCUCUAGACAAGCAGCUUAAGCUUGCAAACAUGGUGCUUGCUUGACAUACCAUACCAACAUUUUUCUAGUAAUUAUAUAAUUAAAAAAAAAAUGCAGUUUUUACAUAUUUGUUUAAGGUUGGGAAGUUCAAUUCGCAACUUACAAAAGAGGCACGUUACCAGUUUCAAAUUCUCUAUGUAUGGAUGUAUAGUUUCAAAUUAA